AGCAGGUGAUCCACUCCGAGCACUGCCCAGUAAAAAAAGUCUCUGCUGAUCAUUAGAGCACUGGCAGAGAUGUGGUGAACACUCAGCUGGACAGAUUUAGCAGCAGCUGGAGAAACGGGCCGUGUGUUACUCUCCUGUGCCGGCGCUCAGUCAAACACUCUCUGGAGAACUGUGCCACUCUGUGAAGUGCCCCAGGGCUGCACACAGCCAAAAUGGAGAUUGAAGAUGAUGGCAGCAGAUCAUCACCCAACUUUGAGUACAAGGGCGCUCACCAGGCAUUCAGGGAUCGCUGGAAACAGACAGAUGACACCAUGUGUCGCCACAGCAUGUCCUUCCACCUGCACCACACGCUCAGGAGCGAGUUCUUUGCCAGCUACCUGUACAUGGUGGAGAAGAUUCCUCUGGUGAAGCUGUUCCCGCUCACCUGUGAGUACAUCAAGGGAGAGAAACAGUUCUACUACAGAGCUCAGCAGUUCUAUGAGGACGUCCCUGCCUCAGAGAAGGGCAUGAUGGGAGAUUAUGUUGAGAUGUCCAACGUCGAUCUGGAGGGUUCCCGGCAGUUUCUGAAGAGGUUUGUGGGUCCUGGUAAAGCUGGCACACACUGCGCCCUGGACUGUGGCUGCGGGAUCGGCCGUGUCACCAAAGGCGUCCUCCUUCCUGUGUUUGAGAAACUAGAGUUGGUUGACAUGAUGGAGCACUUCCUGCUGCAUGCACACAAGAAGUACCUGUGUGACGAAGCUGACCGCAUUGAGACCUACUACUGCUACACUCUGCAAGAGUUCACACCUCCAAAAAACAAGUACGACGUCAUCUGGAUGCAGUGGGUGGCCUGUCACCUGACAGAUAAAGACCUAAUGAACUUCCUGUUUCGCUGUAAGAAGAGCCUGCGACCAAACGGCAUCAUCAUAAUAAAGGAUAAUAUGGCGCGACAGGGCUGCAAACUGGACCCCAUCGACAGUAGCAUCAGCCGCCACCUAGACAUCAUCAGGAGCAUCAUCGCCAAGGCCGGCCUGGAAGUCCUGGGUGUCGAGAGGCAGCAAGGCUUCCCUGAGAUCAUCAUGCCUGUCUGGAUGAUUGCUAUGAAACCUAUUAAAUAGAGGUGACAUUAUUACUGCGCUGUAGUCCUGAGAGGAAACUUCAGUCUUAAGUUUGAAUUCACACUGUUACUGUUUAAGUUAAACUCUGAAAAUAUUCCACAACGCACCAAGAAGUCUCCAGUGUGUCAUCAGGAGAUGAAUCCUGAAGCAGCAGUGUGGAUGGUCAGAUGACACCCAGGGUGGUUUCAUGAGACAGGAGCAUCUUUCUGCUCAGCAUAGAAAUUAAAUAAAGCUUUUACUGGGAAUUCACUGGGUACAUCCUUAAAUCCAGACUGUAAUUUAUUGCCGGUCGACCACCUCCAGGUUUUGUAUCUUGAUGACAGAUUAGAGGCUCAGUUGUCCUGUCUGAAUCACAAGGACAAAUUAACAUGAAUUUAUUUAGAUUUAUUGUCGGGUUUCUCCUCUGAGUGAAUGAUUUGUAUCCAUUUUUUACUAACUAAAACAUGUGACACUGUGAGAGCAGUGUAUCAGAAGGUGGGAUUUCUUUGAUUGUCUGCUUCCUCUUGCUGUUUUUUCCAAAUCACCAACCCUGCAUUUAAAAUGAUAUGGUUCUAUAUAUUUGAGUACAGUUAACCUGAAGUUUAUGUCUAGACAUGUCACCUGGACAGUGACAUCUGAUCAGAUGUACACCUAUGUUCUUGUUAACUUUAUUCUUUCCACGUGAUCAGCUCAGUGAGGUGGUUUGACGUGUCAACAAAUCUGCUACGUGCAUCCCAGGUCACGGGUAGUAACGUAGGAGACAAACAUUAAAGAGUGAAGUGAGGCCACUUUUCACAAAUUAGCUACUGUAAUCAGCUGGGUAGACACUGUGCCACAUUCAUUCACCUUUUAGGUUGUGUCAACUCACGCUACACAGUUCAGACUGUCAUCCUGUAUAGCAGAGCUUCUCCGCUCACAC